AUGUCGAGUGCUACACAGAAGACGGCGGCUGCGGCACCCGAGGCGGCCAAGGAGGAGAGCUUCAACGACAGCAUCUUGCCCAAGUACAAGGUGGCAGGUGAGAUCUCGGCCAAGGCGAUCAAGGCGGUCAUUGCGGCCGCUGCCGAGGGCAAGACGGUGCUCGAGCUUUGCAACGUCGGCGACAAGGUGCUGGAGGACGAGACGGCGGCGGUGUACAAGGGCAAGAGCAUCGCCAAGGGCAUUGCUUUCCCCACGACCGUGUCGAUCAACCAGGUGGUGUGCAACUACUCGCCCCUGCCAACGGACGAGGAGCAGAUCACGCUCAAGAAGGGCGAUGUGGUCAAGGUGCAGCUCGGAGCGUUCAUCGAUGGACUGCCGGCUAUCACGGCGGAGACGUUCGUCGUUGGAGCGGACGCCUCGAGCCCCGUCACCGGUCGUGCGGCCGAUGCGAUCAAGGCGGCUCUGGUUGCCGCCGACGUCGCCAUCCGCGUCAUGAAGCCCGGCGUGCUCAACACCGAGGUCUCCAAGGAGAUCGAGGCUGCCAUCAAGCAGUUUGGCUGCAAGGCCGUCGAGGGCAUGCAGACCAACCAGUUUGCUCGCAACGAGAUCGACGCCAAGAAGAAGAUCGUCCUCAACGCCGAACCCGGUUCGCGCCCCGAUACGAUCAAGCUCGAGGAGGACGAGAUCUACGGCGUCGACAUCUCGGUCACCACUUCCGCCGAAGGCAAGACCCGCAGCGAUGACAGCAAGACCACCAUCUACCGCAAGACCACCAACACGUACCUGCUCAAGCUCCAGACGUCGCGCAAGGUGCUCGGCGAGAUCCAGAAGAAGGCCGCCUCGUUCCCCUUCAACCUCAAGAGCCUCGAGGAUGUCAGGAGGGCAAGGAUCGGCGUCCAGGAGUGCGCAAAGCACGGUCUGCUGACGCCUUUCCACGUCCUCGAGGACUCGGAUAAGAAGGCCAUCACCGCCCAGAUCUUCUUCACCGUCGCCGUCAACUCCAAGGGCGCCAUCAGGAUCACCCCCGCCCCCACCUGGGCGAACGAGGACAACGUCAAGCCCGACAAGAAGGUCGAGGACGAGAAGAUCAAGGCUCUGCUCUCCACCGCUGUCCGCCAGACAAAGAAGAAGAACAAGCCCGCCGCCGCUGCCGCUUCCGCUUAA